UGGACAGAGGACAGAGGGACAGAGGACAGUGGACAGUGGGACACACGGAUCACAACCAUAUUCGCCGCGCUGGGUAUUCUGGGAACACAGUAGUUUCAAGAUGGCGGCGAGCAGGAGGCUGUACAAGGAACUUGAGGACAUUCGCAAAUCUGGAAUGAAGAACUUCAGAAACAUUCAAGUUGAGGAAUCAAACCUAUUGUCAUGGCAAGGGCUCAUUGUUCCUGACAACCCACCUUAUGACAAAGGUGCGUUCAGGAUCGAAAUCAUUUUCCCCACUGAAUACCCCUUUAAGCCUCCGAAGAUCACAUUUAAGACUAAGAUCUAUCACCCCAACAUUGACGAGAAGGGCCAGGUGUGCUUGCCUGUCAUCAGUGCUGAGAACUGGAAGCCUGCCACCAAAACUGACCAAGUAAUUCAGUCCCUCAUCGCGCUGGUGAACGACCCCCAGCCGGAGCACCCCCUGAGGGCAGACCUAGCAGAAGAAUACUCAAAGGACCGUAAAAAAUUCUUGAAGAACGCUGAAGAGUUUACAAGAAAACACAGCGAAAAGCGGCCAAUGGACUGAUCAGACGAGCGUGUAGCCCCUCUCUCUGUCUCUCUCUGUCUCUCUCUCUCUGUCUCUCUGUCUCUCUCUUUCUUCCCCUCUACUCUCCUCUCACCUGCCCGACCAAAUACCAAUCUUAUUCUCCCCCCCCCAUACACACACACCUCAUCACCUCCCUCACUUACUCUCUUCCACCAGUUCUCUCCUCCUCACUGCCCUAGAGCUGCCCAACUGAAGCCAACCAGUGGCAACUUAAAGCCCUCCCUGUCCAGGACCCUAUGUGGAUCAGACAGCCCACCCCUUCUCUUCCUCCUCCUCCUCCUCCUCCUCAUAAACGUCCAGGCCAUUUCUAACUUUCUACUCUUUACAUAAAGUUAAAAAAGAGAAGCUAAGAGAACUCAACGUUCACUCAGAGUUAGAUGGAAAUACUCAGUAUAAUGUGUUAAUUAUGUGUUGGCUUUUCCUCUAUAUAAACAACUCAUGUAUUCAAAUAGUUCUCACAUAGACAAACAUUUUCAGAGAUCUUUUACUUUAUCUUUUUUUGCAGAGCAGAGUAAAUCUUUGUAAACUUUUUUAUCUCUUUUUUGCUCCAUCAUCUGAACGAACAGCAGAGACCGGGAGUCUCUAACCCUCACUUCCUCUGCUUCUAGAAUUGCACUGUAAAAAACCUCCUGUAGAACAAUCCCUCCUCACGUCUCCUUCAACACACACUCCCACUGAGCAGACACACACACACGCACACACACACACGCACGCACACUCUCCGACAGGCCGUGCAUGAAAAUGCUAGAAGAGAAUCUUGAGUGUUGAAAGUAAAGGAUGAGUUAGGAUGAGCCGGCCCUGCACGACACAUUCACUUCCAUCUUUACAUACGUGCAUAUUUUUUUUUUCACAUGUACUUUUUUUGGUUUUUGCAACACAGUUCAGUUGCUAUCAAAAAAAAGACCCUGCUGUUUAAAAACCAACGUUUACUGUGACUUUCUUUGACUCACGUUUUUCUUUUAUCCACCUGGAAAUGUUUUCAAAUGAUUGGCACUUGAUAUAUUAAAUUGGUGGCAAUCUUGGAAAACCCUUUUUGUGUUCUUUUGGAACCGUCCACGCACGUCUCCACUCGCGCUAAACCCCAUCACAACCACCUGUCACGUUAAAGACAAGAGCCCCAAACUGACACUCGUACAUACUCCCAACAGCAGGUUGAUCAGCAGCUGUCCGGCUGAAAGAGAGGCGGAUUCAGAGGAGAAGCUGGAGAAGGAUGCACUCAGCUGGAAUGGCUCCAGCUGAGUUCUUCAAAAGCUGUUCUUGAAACAAGCACCGAGGAGAGAGAUGAAAAUAUUGUUAGAAGAAGAAGAAGAAGAAGAAGAAGAGGGCUGGCGGUCCAGGAAGUGUCCGGAUAAUAGGAAGGAACUGCAGUGGCCAAAAAAAAUCCACCAUGUAUUAGCUGUUUGAUCUGGUCCUAAUAUUGUUUCUUAAUAAAGAUGGCUAAGCAUUUGGCCUCACUGUAAAGUG